CCCCGGCCCCGCAGGCGGAGGCAGCCGCGGGGCACCCCGGCCCCGGCAGCCGCCCGAGCCCGCAGCGCAGAGCCUGGGCGGCCGCUGCGGGUGCCCCGCCUGGGAGGGGUUAAGCGGGAGCCCCAGCCCGGGGGCGGACGGCGGACGGGGAGGCUCCGGCGCCUGCUAUACGGCGUCGGGGCUCUAGGUGUCCUGCCUGGGAGGGUCCCUGCUGCAUUGCAGCCUCCGCGCCGCUCCGUCUCUGGCGCACACAAUGGCGACUCCCAGCCCCAGCAGCGGCUCCGGCUCGGGCGGCGGGAGCGGGCCGGGCCCCGGCGGCCCGCCGGCACACGCGGCCGUCAGCAGCAUGCAGGGCUUUCAGAUAAACUUCUGUGGAAAGGCACAAAGUAAACGCAAAGCGCUGAAGUUAAAUUUUGCAAAUCCACCUUUCAAGUCCACAGCGAGAUUUACUUUAAACACUUCUGGAGUUCCUUUCCAAAAUCCACACAUUGAUAUACAAGCAACACUGGGUAGUAAUCACAUUGUCCCGUUCAGUUUCAAAAGGAGAGAAGCGGACCUCAUCCAGAAACUUUCCAGCAGGCUACAAGAGAGACUGAGAACACACAGCAUUGAAUCAUCAGGAAAAUUGAAGAUUUCCCCUGAACAGCAUUGGGAUUUUACAGCAGAGGACUUGAAAGACCUUGGAGAAAUUGGACGAGGCGCUUAUGGUUCUGUCAACAAAAUGGUCCACAAACCAAGUGGGCAAAUUAUGGCAGUUAAAAGAAUUCGGUCGACAGUGGAUGAAAAAGAACAGAAGCAGCUUCUGAUGGACCUUGAUGUAGUAAUGCGAAGCAGUGACUGCCCGUAUAUUGUUCAGUUUUAUGGUGCGCUCUUCAGAGAGGGUGACUGUUGGAUCUGUAUGGAGCUCAUGUCUACCUCGUUUGAUAAGUUUUACAAAUAUGUAUAUAGUGUAUUAGAUGAUGUUAUUCCAGAAGAAAUCCUAGGAAAAAUCACUUUAGCUACUGUGAAAGCACUAAACCACUUAAAAGAAAACUUGAAAAUCAUUCACAGAGAUAUCAAACCUUCCAAUAUUCUUCUGGACAGAAAUGGAAAUAUUAAACUCUGUGACUUCGGCAUUAGUGGACAGCUUGUAGACUCCAUUGCCAAAACACGGGAUGCAGGGUGCCGACCAUACAUGGCGCCGGAAAGGAUAGAUCCCAGUGCCUCUAGGCAAGGUUACGAUGUCCGCUCAGAUGUCUGGAGCUUGGGAAUUACAUUGUAUGAGCUUGCCACAGGGCGAUUCCCCUACCCCAAGUGGAACAGUGUGUUUGACCAGUUGACACAAGUAGUAAAAGGAGACCCACCACAGCUGAGUAACUCAGAGGAAAGGGAAUUCUCCCCAAGUUUCAUCAACUUCGUCAACUUGUGCCUUACGAAGGACGAGUCCAAAAGGCCAAAGUAUAAAGAGCUUCUGAAACAUCCCUUCAUUCUGAUGUAUGAGGAACGCACAGUGGAUGUUGCAUGCUAUGUUUGCAAAAUCCUGGAUCAAAUGCCAGCAACUCCCAGCUCUCCAAUGUAUGUCGAUUGAUAUUGCUGCUACAUCAAACUCUAGAAAAAGGGCUGAGAGAAAACAAGCUGUAAAGAAUUUUCAUCACAUAUUGCAGUGUUUUUAAUGCUCGCCCAGACACCAUGUGCAAUAAUAUUGGUGUUAUUUCCAUCCUGUCUGUAUAAUGUUGUCACAUAUAAGUGCAUCCCUGUAAUACCUGAUCACACAGUGUUAGUGUUGGUCAAAGAGAGACCUCAUCUGCUCUUUUGUGGACAUAUUCAUGAAAUGUGGAAAUAAGUACAUUUAUUUGUUGACCGUGAUUGGAUAGCACCUAAAAUUCAUUUCUAGACUCAAAACUUGGAGACUUCUCAGCAGCUACUGGAAAGAUUUUUCUCUCAAACUCUUCCAAUUGUUGUUUCAAGUAAUAAUAAAAAGCAAACAAACAAAAGUUAGGCGUUGUCUGUCUGAACAUUAAGAGACUUUGCCUGGAGGGAGAAGAACUUGCUUAGCCAAUGAGAUACUUUGCCUUCUGGAGCUAGAAAGGCAAAGGAGAAUUUUAUUCUUCACCAAGUGCAAUAGAUUUACUGCUAUGAAAUUCUGUUGCUUUACAGUUGCUGUGUACUUUCUGGGGACAGUGUGCUCAGAUGACCUUCCUAUUAAAGAGAGAUCAUGUUAAAUAUAGUGAAUAUGUCUUUACCAAAAAUAUGUUGCAUUGAAAGAGGCUAACAUUAAACUAUUCAGAGAUGGGACAUAAUGUAUUCUUUUUCCUUUUACCAAGCCAGCCACUCUUCACUCUUAACUAGGUGUCCUGUAAAUUGUUACCUGGUAAGAUAAGACCUAAAGAAUUAUUAAACUACUCAAUUGAAUUAUAACCUGCUUGUGACCUGAUUUAUAGCUGCACAGUACUCACAACCAGCUAGCUUUGCUUUGAUUUCAACAAGUGCCGUUCACAAAGUCUGCAGCUGUUUUAGUGAGCCACAAAUGAAUGCGAUUUCUAGCCUGUUUCUCAUGCUCUUCACUGUCCCCAAUCCUGAUGCUAGCACCUUUUCACUGACCCUAAGCCCAGCCCAGCAGCACUGCCACUUUCCAGCCUGUUGUCCCUAACAAAAUCAAACUUUUGUGGUUCCUUCUCACCACUGCAAGCAGGAUGGUGGGGAUGCUCUCCUGCCACACUGGGCUCUGUGCCCGUCACACCACUGCAAAUGUGAUGUUUUGCUUAGCUGGUUGGAGAUCUUGUUCACUUUCUUCUGCGCAUAUGUAACCUUUUUUGUUACUCUCAAUAGCUCUUGUUAUUGAGCCUUGCUAAGACUUGGUUAGUGCAAGGUAGUGGAGAUGAAGGAGCAACUAACACCUGGGGUUUUAGCUGACCCUGCCAGGCCAGGCAAGGUGUGACCUUCUGGCUGACUGCUGAGCACACAGCAGAUCAGUCUCUCUCUCUCUCUCUCUUUUUGUUUUUCAUUUGAUGUCUUUUUCAGAGAUUAUUUUUUUUCUGAAAACUUUUUAUUUCCCCCACAACAUUGCAGUUUUCAGACAUUUUGUAGCAUACCAGGGAUAAAUUGGAACCUGUGUGGUCUGUGAUUUCCAUUUGAAUUGACUAAUAUAGGCACUUUGUCAAAAUGAGAGCAACCCACUCACAGCUCUGUGGCAAAACCACACCCAGGAUGAGGAGGUUUAGAGAUGCAGUGGGAGUAAACACGCAGGGAGUGGUACUGGCAAGAUUUCCCUGGAAGGGGCUUCCCAGUUCAAACUAAUUCCAAGUACAAACUGGGCUGCUACGAGAGCAGUGGGGAUCAGCACAUCCCUGCCCAGCUCCUCAGCUGGGAAAGGAGAGUGCCAAGGCCGUACUUGGACACCUGGUAUUUCUUCAGCCACUGAAGGGACACCACUGCCUAAGGCUUGCAGCACUGUGCAUCUCCCGCUUGGCUGUUGGAGCCAGUCCUUCUGGCACUGCAAGCUGGUGCCGAUGUGAGCCCUCAGGACACAGAGGGCCCUCAGCUGCCACCCUGCUAGGCAGGGAGCUGUGGUACCUAGGCCCUUCCUGGACUGUGUUCCUGCAGGGUUGUGCACCGAGUGGGAUGGCCACUAAUGUCUACCCAAAACAGAAAAAUCAAAAUUUUAUGAAGUUACUAGUCAUUCCCAAUAGUUCUGAUUAAUCACACAAAGUUAUUAGUUGAAAAGGAUAGAUACGUAGCAUAUCUAAAGCAGUAAUUCUCCCCCCAGCCCUCUAGUCUCACAAAACUCAGUUUUCCUCAGGCUUGGCAGGUUGCCACAGCUGUGGUACAUCUCACUGGCCUUCAGCCACCUCUAAUGGGGAUCUCAGGCAUGACUGAGUUUUUCACAAGGUGCUGGCCAGGGGAGUACAGAGAUGUAGAUUGAGUCAAGACAGACACAUUCCGAGGUGCUCUGCUUCUGUCCCAAUCUUUCAGCCAUUAACGGCUAUUUCACGACAUCUCCUCAAUGUUCACUGAGAUGACCUCUCCCAGAAGAUCUCUUUCUCUCCAAAGCAAGCAGCUGUCUUUUUAUGCUCAUUCAGCAUGGCCGGGGUCUGUUCUCUGCUGCUGACCCCACCCCAUGCUCAUUUUCAGCAACAUGACUGGCUUGCUUUCGAUGGAUGGGAAAUGGAAACGUGAAGCUUUGAGCUGCAGGUGCCAGAAUCAGGUUUGGAAUGUGCUGUGGCAUGGAUGGCUGUACAGGACAGGUCUGGUGUAUUAAAAAAAAUUACUAUGAACUAUUAAGGGUGUACCAUUUAUUAAGAUGUAUCUUUAUUAAAAAAAAAAAAAAAAGUGUAUAGUGUUCAGAAGCUGUGAAAAUAGUGUAAGAACUGUACAUUGUGAACUCUGGUUAUUUUUUUUUCUUGUACCAUAGAAAAAAAUGUAUAAAAAAUUAUCAAAAAGCUGAUGUGCAGGGAUGUUGCCUUAUUGUCUGUAAAAUGGAGCUCAGGAACAUAACCGCUUCAGAGAGCUUCAGAGUACUUUAUCUGGUAUCCUGGUUGGACUUCCUCCUCUAUUUAAGAUAUUAUACAUGGAUCAGAGCGUUUAUGUAAUAGACUAUCCUUUUGCCUGCAGGUCAGUUGUAAUAAAACUAGGAUGUGACCGUGACCUUGUUAUUUUCAUUUUGUAAGGUCAGACAUAAAUGGGAAGAGGUAUUUAAAGCUGUUGAAAUACUUAACUUCCAGGCCCUCCCUCCGGGUGGAAGUGGCUGUACAGGAGUAAAGCAGGCUUUGGUUAGAAACUGCUUGUGCUAAA